AUGGAGCUGAGAGUAUUGAGUAAGGUAGCAAGUUACCUGCUGCUGCUGGUAGCAGUGACGGAUGCGGACUUGUUUUCGAAGGCGACGCGGACGAAAGCGGAUGAGAGGGAUCUGAAGAACAGUGUGUUCGACUUCAUCAUCAUCGGAGGAGGGACUGCAGGCUGUCUGCUGGCCAAUAGACUGUCUGCCGUCUCCGAUUGGAAGGUCCUGCUGCUAGAAGCAGGCAUCGACGAGAACAUAGACUAUGAUAUCCCUGGCGUCCCUACCAAGGAGUACAGGCCCAUCGUCUGGAACUAUAAGACUGAACGGAAUGGGUACUCCUGUCUGUCUCGACCUGGAGGCAGCUGCGAAGUCAAGACAGGCAAGGUCCUGGGAGGCUCCAGUGUCACCAACGACAUGAAGUACACUCGAGGCUCGAAAGCAGAUUAUGAUGGGUGGCACAGCACGGGAGAGCUAGGCUCGCUUGAUUGGAAGUUCGAUGCCGUGUUAGAGCAUUUUAAAAGCUUUGAGGAUAACGGAGACUACGACGUGCUAAUGAACUCCCACUACCACUCUCGUGGAGGAGAGAUGCACGUACAACGGUUUAAACACAUGGACCGGUUCAUGGAGGUGUUCACAGCCGGGUUCACUGAGAUGGGGCUCAGAAAUCUAGAUAUUAACACAAAUGUGCAGGAAGCUGUGGUCAACAACCAGUUUACCAUCUCCAACAACACCAGGCUCAGUACAAACAGUGCGUUCCUCAAACCAGUGAGACACAGGAAGAACCUACACGUGGUGACAGGAGCAUACGUGUCGAAGAUAGUCAUUGACAAGCAAGAGAAAAAUGUAGAUGGCGUCAUGUACGAAGUGGAGAAAGGCAAGGAACGACCAGCCUACGCUAAACGAGAAAUUAUAUUAACAACAGGCGCCAUUAAUAACGUCAGACUCCUGCACUUGUCUGGUAUUGGCCCCAAAGAUGACUUGAAAAAACAUAACAUUGCACAGGUGGUUGACCUUCCUGUGGGACUCAAUUAUCAAGAUCAAGUAUCCAUCGGCGGUCUAGCAUUUGCAUUGAAUGACGUCCCUGUCGUCACGGAAGCUGAAGUCAUUAAUGAUUUUAAAACAUGGUUUCAAAGCCGCAAUGGUCCGCUGGCCUCCAGAGGUAUCGGUCAGGUAUCAGCGUUUAUACAAUUAUAUGAGAACUUUAACGCUCCCGAUGUCGAGCUGGCUUUAGAGGGUAAUUUUAUUAGAAGCGAUAAGUUCAUGUUGACCAAUGUUAGCGUACACGCGGCGGAAGAAUCAAACAUGCCUUUACCAUAUUACAACUUAGUUAAUAUCCACCCUGUGCUGUUACGACCCAAAAGUAGAGGAAAAGUUAUGCUUAACAAGCGGAACCCCAAAUAUGGAAGACCGGUAGUCCAAGCUAAUUUCCUUAAAGAAACUGAAGAUUUAGAUACUUUGGUCGACAGUAUUGAUAUUGCUCUACAAUUACUUGACACAAAAGAAUUUAAAAAAGCUGACAUUAAGUUUGCACCGUUGGAUCUAUUUCCUUGUGAUAGACUAAGUAACAGAGAUCAAUGGAAUUGUAUAGCAAGACAUUACACAAAAGCAAUGAGUAAUCCUGUUGGGACGUGUAGAAUGGGAACGAACACCACGAACUCUGUCGUCGACUACCAGUUGCGGGUGCACGGUAUCGAAGGUCUGAGGAUAAUAGAUGCUUCAGUAAUGCCCACGCAUGCGAGAGGCGGUAUUUUUGCUCCCACAAUGAUGAUAGCAGAAAAGGGAGCUAAAAUGAUCAUCAAAGACUGGAAAGAGACAAACGGUCAUUACUACAGUAGGCGGUGA